AUGAGCAUUCAACCCCCGCAACUUCCCCCCUCGACCUCGCGCCCGCGCACCGUUACUCAGGGCGAGCUUGAGGCUGGUGCGGUCCUCAAGCUAGGCGGGGACCAGAAUACCCACACCUUAUCCAACUCUGAGGCCCGUCUGGUCAUCCACAAAGUGCUCGCCAACAAGCGUCGCGACGGGCGGGAGUAUGAGGAGUCUGAGAACCUCCGUAAGACACUGAACUACCUCGAUACCUUCGCGCGCUUUCAGAAUGAGGAGAACAUCAAGGCUGUCGAGCGCCUUUUGAGUUCGCACACUGAACUGGAGAUGUUCGAGCGCUCACAGUUGGGCAGUCUGUGCUGCGACAAUUCCGAGGAGGCCAAGUCCCUCAUCCCCAGCCUCCAGAACAAGAUUUCCGAUGAAGCCCUGCAAGAGUUGCUGGACGAGUUGACCAAGCUGCGCAACUUCGCUCAGUAA